GCAGCUGUACAGAAAUCAGUCGAUCGAUUGCUAACUUACCGUCUUAAAGGUUUAACAAUCAGUCAAUAAUGAAAUAUUUCUUGGUUUUGGCUUUCGCAGCCGUCGCCUUUGCGGCCACAAUAAAAAGUCCUGAUUUCAGGCCAUCGCCCAUCGAUGCAGACAGUGAAAUUGAGGUGAUCUACGAGAAUGAGGAUGGUACACAAGAAAUUGCUCCUUCGUUCAUCUUGUCAUGGCAAGCACGUCGCAUGAUUCGCAGACUGCAGAAAGAGAUGCCUUGCGGCUUCCCACAAUACGGCAUUCCCCCACUAGCGCCAUUGAAGAAGAGCGAAGUUGAUGUACAUCUCGAACGUGGAAUCGUGGAAACCUUUGAUCAGCUCACCCGUUUCCGUCUGGAUGGCUUGGAUGAUUUCAAAAUCAACAGAUUCAAGUUGAAUAUAAUUUUGUCCAAGGUCACUUUCGACUUCACCUUCAGAAACAUUCGUGCUUCUGCGCCUCACUACGACACCAACACGAUUUUGGAUGCUUUGCGUCAAUUGGGUCUCUCCGUGCAAUACGAAGGUGACGGUACACUGGACUUUGGUUUGAAAAAUUUGCGCGUUGCUGGCACUUUGAAAUACAAGAUUCCCAUUUUGUGGGGAUCCAUCAAAAUUACCUCGCUAAAGACUACCAUCUCUUUGGAGAGCUGCAAUUCCGAAAUCACUGGUAUCUUUGGUGAAGGCAAAUUGAACAGGCUGCUUAAUGACAAACUCGCUGGUUUCAUCGAAUCCGGCAUUAACGACAACCAACAAUUGAUCUCGGAGACCAUUGAAAACACUGUGGUGCCACGUGUGAACAAAAUGCUUAAGGGCAACGAUUUCUGGACUCUCAUCGAUUUAAUUUUGUCCGGCGACGAUGGUGCCAGUGAAGAUGAUCCCAUUGUGACCAAAUGUGUGCCACCAGCAGAUCCCUGGGCUUAAAUAUGUUUUAAUGAGUUUCAAUAAAUGAUAAAAUUGUGUGAAUAAUAGAAAUAGAA